CAACAACAGCAAACAAACAUGACAAUGGAGAACAACGAAAUGGAAUUGCAAUUAACUGCAAAUAUGCCGUUAACAUUGUUAGAUACCACAACAGCAAACACAGCGUUAGCAGUAACAACAACUACAGAAACAGUGAGCUCCACAGCAGCAACACUGUCUUCUGUAACGCCUGGCCACAUCAUCAUCGACAACAUCGCAGCCUCGACCAAAUUUUGGGUCACCUGCAAUGUACUGAUAAUGGUGGGCAUACUAGCUGGCAACGCGCUCACCAUACUGGCCAUAACCACCUGUCGCCGCUUGCGCCGCCUAAUCUCCAAUAUGUUCAUACUAUCGUUGGCGGUAUCGGAUUUUACUGUUGGCAUGGCGCUUCCCUUACAUAUCGCCUUCUAUGUCGGCCUAAAUUUCGGCCAAUUGGAAAAUCUCUGUCUGCUGCGAUUUUUUCUCAUCAUUUUCUCCUGUUGCGUUUCGAUCUUGACUUUGAUCACGAUCGCUGUGGAUCGGUAUAUAGCAAUCGUGUAUGCGUUACACUAUCGGCGUUUUAUGACGCGUCGCGUCUCAUUCGUCAUAAUCGCCUUGAAUUGGACCGCAGGCGCUACGGUGGCCACUGUGCCGAUGUUUUUCAAUCGUUUUAAAACGGCGACCGAAUGCGAAUUCAAUCAGGUUCUACCCAUUUGGUAUAUGGCGGGCAUCAUAACACCCGCCUUUGCCAUCAUUUGGUCGCUGAUGCUCUUGAUUUAUUGGCGUAUAAUGCGUGAGGCCGCCAAGCAGUGUGAACAGUCACGCUGCAAGCGUGAAGUGCAGAGUUGGACCAGCAAAAAGCAGUCACGGCGCAUGCCAGAUUGGAAAUCGAUGCAG